CCCCGCGCCUGCGCGGUGGGAAGGCUUCGCUCCCGGGGCGCGCUCUCGCGAGCCGGUCCCGGGAGUCGGCGCUGGGGCUCGAGGGCGGGGCGGGACGCGAGACCCGCUGCACGGAGCACGGCAGGUGGAGGCAGCCGCCACGCUGGAGCUGGAGCUGGAGCUCGGGGGGGCGGGAGGGCAGCGGCUCCUCCCAGCCGGCCCGGGCGCGGAGAAUGAGUCCGAAGCAGUGGCCUCGGUGCGCGAAGGCCGUGGCCAGAGCGUGCUGCGCUGGUUCACCACCGUGGUGCUGUGUGCCGCCUUCCUGGGGCUGGGACUGAGUGUUGCUAUCCUGGGGCCCACCUUUCCAGACUUGGCAAAGAACGUGAACAGAAACAUCAGCAGCUUGUCUCUGAUUUUUGUGGGCCGUGCCUCAGGAUAUUUAUGUGGCUCUAUGAUUGGAGGAGUCCUUUUUGGCUGUAUAAAUCAUUUUUUACUUUUGGGGCUGUCUCUUUCUGCUACCACAGUUGGUCUUUAUCUCAUGCCGUUCUGCAGGACAGCAGCCUUGCUGAUUGUCAUGAUGUCCGUCUUCGGGGUUUCAAUGGGCAUUCUGGAUACAGGUGGCAACGUCCUCAUCUUGGAUCUCUGGGGGGACAAAGGAGCCCCACAUAUGCAGGCCUUGCACUUCAGUUUCGCCUUGGGUGCCUUUCUGGCUCCCCUGCUGGCUAAGUUGGCCUGGGGUACAGCGUCUGCUCAGAACCACACCGAGUCUGACUUUGACCCUCUGAUGCUGAACCGGUCCUCCAAAGCCACCUCAGACUCUGUGUUCGCCGUACCUGAUGACAUGAAUCUGCUGUGGACAUAUGCCUCCAUCGGCACCUAUGUUUUAGUAGUUUCUGUCUUUCUCUUUGGUCUGUUUUGUAAGAAACAUUCGAGGCAGAAAAAAUCCACAGCAUCUGCUCAGGAAGCUCGGAGGGCUAAAUAUCACAGGGCCCUGCUAUGCCUCCUCUUCCUCUUCUUCUUCUUCUAUGUGGGAGCCGAGGUGACCUACGGCUCUUUUGUAUUCUCCUUCGCCACCACCCAUGUUGGCAUGGAAGAGAAUGAGGCAGCUGGCUUGAACUCCAUCUUCUGGGGGACCUUUGCAGCCUGCAGGGGACUGGCCAUCUUCUUCGCAACAUUCUUACAGCCUGGAACCAUGAUUGUGUUGUGUAACAUUGGCAGCCUGGCCUCAUCUUUCUUUCUGGUGCUUUUUGACAAGAGCCCUCUUUGUCUCUGGAUCGCGACUUCUGUGUAUGGAGCCUCAAUGGCAGCCACCUUUCCCAGCGGCAUCUCCUGGAUUGAGCAGUACACCACCUUAACUGGGAAAUCUGCAGCAUUCUUUGUUAUUGGUGCUGCCCUGGGAGAAAUGGCCAUUCCUGCAGUGAUCGGAAUUCUUCAGGGACACUACCCAGAUCUGCCAGUAGUUCUGUACACGGGUCUGGGCUCCGCCAUAUUCACGGCUGUUUUAUUUCCUGUGAUGUAUAAAUUAGCCACCUUACCCCUGCAACGCCAGCGCAAAGGAAGGAAGAGCGAGGACCAGAAAGCUCUGCUUUCCAGCUCUGAGCUACACGACUGUGAGGAAGAGAACGAGGAGGACGAUGCAGAAAAGUGGAAUGAGAUGGAUUUUGAAGUGGUUGAAAUGAGUGAUCCAGUGCAGGAGUCUGCAAGGGAGCCGUGUAGAGACGCGGCAGAGCCCAGAGGGCCCAGUCGGGUCCUUCCACACGGACUGACUGGUGAGCCCUUUUCAGCCAGCAGCCGUAAUUCUCUUGUGGAUCUUCAGAACAAAGGGGAAUAACACUCAGGCGAUGGAACUACUGAAUGAUAUACUGUGUGACGCUGCUCCCGAGGACACCAUUCAGAACAGAGCUCUGGCUGACUUCGAGCAUGCUUUGGCACUUGAAAUUCGUGUCUGUUUACAGGAAGCAGUGGAAUCAUUUGGAGUGUUUAGAAUUUUGAGUCUUCUGUAAACUACCGCUCGUUCUUAUGCACUAGGAUCUCAUUAGGAGACUGGUUUGUGGUCUCCAUCUUACGGAGGGCAUUGGUGUGUGUGUGAAGAGCUGGGUAGUGUGCAGGGGUCAACACUGUAGAAAGCGAGCUGAUGUGCUGAGCAGUGAUUGGGCAUCCACACCCGACGCGGGCGAAUCGUGUUAGAGAGCGUCUCUGGAGAUGGGAAGAUCGGUUUCUCCCUUCUCCCCCUGUGUAGGAUUGAACCGAGCAUUAGUGCUGCCUAUUUAUUCCUGUGAGAACACACAUCGGCUAAGCUUCCUAGGGAUCUAGCUUCUUCCCUGACGUCAUGUUCAGCUCUGACAAAAACCGGGUUUAUUUUUGACCUCCUGUGAUUCUAGAAAUGCAAAUGAGGUUAUUUUUAACUUUCAGGGAUGGUGUUUUGUUUCUCAAGUCUUACUUUAUAGUCCAGGCUGGCCUGGAGUUUACUAAGUAGGCCAGGUUGGCCUCUAACUCACAGUUCUGUUUCUGCCUCCUGAGUUUUGUAAUAGAGGCAUGUGUUACCAUGCAUGGUGAAACGUGUAAGUUUUAAAGUUGUGUAAUAUUUUUGCUAAAAAUAGUCCAUUCAUUUCAAAUGUAUAAACCGAAACUGAGGGGUAGCCCUGUGAACGUGCUGGAGCUUAUGCAAUCCUGAAGUUCGGUGGUCGUGGUAUUUAGUGGCACUGCUGUGUUCAUUGAUCUACAACACACCCGUUCCCUAUACUCAAGGGUCAUCAUUUAGUAUUUUAGUAAAUUUUAUUCUUGUUUCCCACACAUUUAAAAAAAACCAACAGCACCUUGCCACUGGCUCUCGUGUUCACUGUUACAGUGGCUCAUCACACUUCUGACAUUUUAGUACUUUUGCUGACACUUUAAAAAGAGUUUAUUUUUAUAUGCUGUUGUCUGUCGUUCAGAGAACAUCUGGGGACACAUUGAUUUUAUAUUAUUUUCUUAGCUUUUGCUUUUGUCUAGUGCUGUUGGCUUAACACGGGGCCUCGCACUUGCUAGUUAAAUGCUCUAUUUGUGAGCUAAGUUCCCAGCUUUUAGGUCUUCAUUAUAGAAGCUGUUUUAAAGUUACUGUGUAAGUCGCAGUGGUAUGGAUGGAUCAUGCUGACCACAGUCCACCUCAGUAACAGCGGCUAGGGCUGGGCCUUGCGGUUGUAGGAUUUGACUCUCACUGGGUUGCGGUAUUACAUACAUUCUGUAAGCCAGGGUAAAUGUUUACUUUACAGAUAAGCUCUCUUCUGUUUGUGGUGAUGGAGAACCCAUGUCCCCUCCAGGACCACUCCAUGAGUGUGAGGUACCUGGAAACCAAAUUAAGGUGGAAGCCAGCGGGAUGGCCGGGGAGUCAGGGAUGAAGAGUUUGGCUUCACAAGUGUGACAAAGCUAGGCUGGACCAGCCUUUGGUAUGCUGAGUGACAAUGAAUUGCUACAUGACUGCAAUAUUUCUUACCAAAUUUUAAGAAUUUGUUUUUCUUUUUGUUUUUUUUUUAAGUGCUUACUUUCCUAAAAAAAUAAAAAUGAUUAAAAUUUUCUGUGUAU